UAUAGUGACUGGCUACAGGUUGGAUGGUCGAUGAACUGGGCAUCAAUUACUGAGAGGGGCAGCAGAUUUCUCUCUUCUCUGCCAAAUGUACACCAGCUCUGGGGUCUACCCAGUCUCCUAUCCAGUGGGUACUGAGGCUCUUUUGGGCCAGGGCGGGGGGAGAGCAUCUGAUGUGUGAAGCUGACCACUCACCACUAUCUAGUGCAUGGAUUCAAAAUGUGCCUCAACCAACUGUGCUACCAUGUGCCCCCUUUCAGUAUUUCCAUACUGCUUAUAUACAUGUUGUUUCGUGCUUUAAAUUCUAUAUUCUGUAAGGAAUUGUUAUAGUUUAUCUCAGUUCCUCCAGCAAGGGUUCUGAUAUUACAUUGAUGCAGGCUGUAACCAUUUCCUUUAAUAUCUCUCUCAGUUCAUCAUUCUUAACAUAUUUACCAUUUACGGGUGAGUAUUAAUUCUGCAAUUGAUACAGAGCCAUUAAAUGAGUAGAGGUCAGGCUGGGAUAGAUCACUGAGUGAAAUAAUUGGCUACAAGCUACAUGGCUGGUGUUCAACUUCCUAGCAGAGGUUCAGUGACAUUUCAGAGGCUGGCAGCAAGCGGAGCUCUGCUUUUACUGUACUUGCUUCCUGCAUCUCGCUGCCUACAUGUUUUGCCUGCUCUUUGAUUCCAAAGUUUGAGGCAGUGUGUCCCUCUGAAACAUCAGUGAACUUCUACCAGUCUACACGGCAUCACAUCCCAACUGCUAGUCACCACUAUGAGAAUCUCAGACCUGACAGGAACAUUUCUCAUUGCCACCAUGUCCAGAAUGGCUACAGGGUCCACACACUGUCCUCUCCUAUGGGUGUAAGGAACUGGCCACUCACCUCAACCUAAUGUCAAAACUGAGAAUUUGUUAAAUUUGGCAUCCAUGUCACCUAUACAUCUUGGUGUGGCCCAGUGUUGUCUUUAUUAAAUAAACAGACUAAAUCCAAAAGUACCCUAUCCUUUUUACUUCUUUGGGAUGUUAGUAACAGUGUAUAGUUUUGCAGCUGUUACACACUUUAAAGUUUCAAAUUUUCUUUUAAAUAUGUUAUUUUAUGUCUUUAACAUGAAGGACAUGCAGAAUGAGACCCUCAUACAUAUUGAGGAAAUGAAAUGAAGCUAGCAGUUGUGCAGAAAGUCUAUUAAUAGUUUGUUUUCAAGUUUAAACUGAUUAUAUAUUUAUAGCUUGUGUUUAGAGUACAGUGUUUUGAUGAGUAAGACAGACUGUGUGGGAGGAAGCAUCUCUUCCUCUCCUGUCUUCAGCAGUCACAUCCACAGACAUAGCCUGGUUAAAGGUUCAUAUUACAAAAGCUUAAGAAGUGUUUUUCUAAUUAGACAGAACGUGCAAGUGUGCUCAGUUGGCUGAAAAUUUGAGUUUGUUGAAAUGGACUGCUCUCUGGAUGGGAUUUACCGGGCUGUACUUAGAGGUCUUCAGGUUGGGCUUGGGUCUGCAUUGAUCUUUGCUUUUUUGAAGACUGUAGUAACCCUCCCUGGUCUAGAGAAAGUAAGCCCACUUGCUGUGUUCUCUACUGGCAUAUUAUUGGGCAUUGCAUUUUCCUUUUACCGGGACUGUCUUAAGGUGUCACUGAGUGGAAAAUCAGUGCUUAUCACAGGCUGUGAUUCGGGGUUUGGAUAUGAAUUGGCACUUCGGCUAGAAAGAAUGGGUGCAGUAGUGUUCGCUGGCUGUGUGAAGUCACAGGAAGGUGGUGCAAAGGAGCUGAAAGAACUGAACCUGAAGAGGCUUCACAUCAUACAGAUGGACGUAACAUCUGACGAACAGGUUGCAGCUGCUGUUCAAUAUGUCAGCAGGCAUAUUCCACCUCAAGGCUUGUGGGCAGUGGUGAACAAUGCAGGGCUGAAUGCAUUUGGUUAUGUAGAGUGGGUGCCUAUUGAUGUAUGCAAAAAGGUCAUGGAUGUUAAUGUGUGGGGUGCAGUGAGGGUCAUUCGUGCCUUCUUACCCCUUCUCCGCGACACCAGAGGCAGAAUAGUGAACUUGUCCAGCGCACUGUCCCGCUUCAGUCUGCCUAACAGAUCAACAUAUGGCAUAACAAAGUAUGGGAUACAGGCUUUGUCAGAUUGUCUGAGGUUUGAAAUGAAGCGCUGGGGAAUCAGCGUUUCAAUUAUUGAACCUGGAAGCCUUGUCAGUGGUCUCUUCACCGAAGACUCAGUUAAAAAGCAAGCAGCUGACCUUUGGAAUCAGAUACCUGAACAGGUUCAGAAAGUAUACACAAAGGAAUUCUAUGAUGAUGUUAUUGGGGACAUGCUCAAACAUAGCACUGUGAGUGACAUACCCAGAACACCUGUGGUGGAUGCAUACAUGCUGGCACUGGUGCAUCGCUUUCCUCAUCCUCGCUAUCAGCCAAUGGAACUGAGAAUGAAGAUAAUGGUUUGGGUGCAUACUCAUCUCCCGGAAUGGGUGUUUGAGAAAAUUUUUACGUAGAUGUAUACCCAGAAGUUGCAUGAGACUAACAGCAAUCCAUCUGGUGGGAUUAAGAGCCAGUUCAGAGAGGUCAUUAACAAAUGAACAUUUUUAAAUAAGAUUUGAAGCUUUCAUGGCAAAGAAAUGCAUUAAAAUCUUCUUGGGCGGUCAACCAUAUCAAAGUUGGUUUUAGAAACCGUCUUGAUGCAGACUAGCUGACAGAGUACGGCCAUUUCCCUGGUUAAGCAACAGGGUACAACAACUUAAGCAGGAAUGAGAACCACUCAGUUUGUCUCUGCUCGCCUGCUGCCUUUCACACCAAUGAGGAGGAGGCACUGUGUUGACAGAUUUAUGUGUCUGUGAGUUAUGGUUGCUUCCUACAUUGACCCUGAUGAUGAGACAGAACAAGUCUCCAGAAUAGUUUGUAUGUCAAUUUUGAUGCAGCUGAUCACCAGGGAAGCUAUCACAUCUUUAUUAUAAAAAUGUUAACACAUUUAACUUCUAUGUUACUAUAGGCUUACUAAUUUGAGGUGUUAGCCCUAGGAUGCUGAAGCUGUUAUUUUUAAUUCAGAUUACUAAGAUGAGAAUAAUUGAAUCCUUAAGUUAUAAACUGAAUUUGGUGAGGACCAGGUUGAGAGCAUAACUGAGGACUGAGGUCAUGAUAGAAGUUCUUGUUUCUUUUGCCUGCCACACAUCUCUGGGAUGGUGAUUAGCAGGAAUAGCUGGAGUUACUUUAAGAAAAAUCACUACCAGUGUUACUUAAUGUGUCACAAAUGUAACGUGGAUGAUGUCAGCAGUGAACCCAAACCUCUGGAAUGGGAACUUGGUAUCAUAGCACACUCAUGAAACAUCAGCUUGGCAUUUAAACCUCAUGUGAUCAAAGAUACUGGGUUGUGAGCUGCAGCAAUUUUUAAUAUCAUAAACUUUAUUCCCUUCAUAUCCAAAAUAAUUUUCCUUUAGGAUGACUCUAAUACAUAAUAUAAUUUAUGUAAGUUUUCAGGAUUUAAUGGUAGUAAUUGCUCAAAUUAUGGUCUUCUGGGAUGUGACACCAUGUAGUCUUGUGGAAGAUAACAACAUACAGGGUGAAUAUGCUGCCUCCACCUUCAAGAUUGAAGUUUGUAGAGUGAUGAGACAGUUGGGUUUUAUAGGCAGGUUGCAAACAAGGUGUUCACUCAGAUUCAUAGGAGGUGGAUGAGAUGGAACUUGGUCCAGGGCAAUAGGAAUAGCAAACAGGAAACAGAUUGAGUGGCACUCCAACAGCACAAACAGGGAUGAUGGAUUCUCCUUCAGCAAGUUGUCGAAGCCUCUUAUCCACUUCCUGAAACAAAAGAUGGUGAAAGUUGUCUGCAAGGACAAGGUACUCUUUUCCUUCCAAGAUCGCACUCCUCCAUACUGGUGCCCAAAGAAUGAAAGGCUUGCUUUCUCAUGUCCCAUCUGCAGGAAACCUGGAGAAGGCCAUCUUUUCUCAUGACCCCAUUUCCCUUCUGUGGUGAAUGGAAGAAUUGUGACACUCAGUGGGAAUAUUUCCUUUUCACCAUUUUUCUCAAGAUGUCUCCUCUUCCUCUCUUAUGGGUCUUAGUGAUUGACUUCCCUGCAACCGCCCAAUAAAAAUUAAUUAGCUGCUCACCCUACACACUUCAACCCUGAAAUGGAAGGACUGUGUUCCUUUGAAACAUUGGUAUCCACAUACCGGAGUAUAUGGCAUAACAGUCUAUAAGAUCACAACUUAAAAGGGUAAGGUGUUAUAAAGUUUUGAUAUGCAAACAGUUUUGAUCAAAAUAAGGAAAAUGCUGAAAAUCAUCAUUAAAAAUGUUAGCAGAAUUCUAAUCACUACAGUUUUCUGUGUAAACUGUCAAUUGUUCUGUAGUAAAGAUUCUUGCAGUCAAGGUAAGUGUUCAUACAGCAGAUUGCAGUGCCUUGUAAGAAAGGGGCCAAUGGCAUCAGCUGGCAGAAGCUUAGGAAGUCAAUCUUUGCACCCAUCUGGUGUUGAACGCGACCUGAUUUCAAACAACACUUUAUGUACAAUUUUGAUGAAAAGUAUAGUUCUGAUAAAAAUAUUACUUGAUUGUUCUCAUUAAACCUGCAUUACUAGCUCUAAAAGAUAUUUUAAUAAGAGUUUGUCAUCAGUAUAUGUUGCAAAAUUGAAUUUCACAAAACAAUUAAUUAUCUAUAUACUACAUAACAGCCAAAGUCCAUUUGCCCAUUUAUCAAAUCCUGUUUCUCCCAUGUGGUGCAUCGAAGAAAAAAAUUAUGGAAAUGAAAGAUAUUCCUCAUGGAGAGAGAACCAUAGAUACAUUGUACAUUUUGUACAUGAAUAUGAAUCCAAGUCACUUUCCUCAUGACCUCCCCAUAAGAGAAGCAUUUUGAUCAUGAUGAAAAUGAGUAUGUAAACUUUGUAUGUUUUAUAAUGACCAUGGUAACGAGCUGCUUUUACAUUACUUGUGACAUAUUUUCAUGCUUAUUUUAAGAUAUUAAUAACUUACUUGUGUCUGCAUAAAUAUAAGUAGUGUACUCCACUUUUAUGUAUGUGAACUUCCAAUGACAGCUAGGCUGUUUUAUUGAUGGAAUACAGUCUUCUUUAUACAGCAUGUCCCACAGGAACUGUGUUCCAAACGUGAUGUGUGUUUGAGUCCAAGAACCUAGGGAUGUUAAAUGUAAGUAACCUCUACAAAAAACAAAAAUAAUUUCUGAAAUUGCAGUGCCGAUUUUUCUGCAUGGGAAUGCUAGUUACAGUAAUAUAAUCUUUAGUGUGUAAAAUAAUUAUGCUGAUCUCCACCAUUUGAUGCUCAAUAAAUAUGCAGUGAACGUUGAACAUUAUGAAUAUUUUGAAGUGUAUCUAAACUUUUCUUUUUGCUUGUAAAUUAAUUGUGUCAGCUGCAGGGAAAGCCAGAUGUGAGUGAAAAAUAUUACAAUGAAGUAACGUGUAAGCUUAUAUAGAAAAAACUGUAAAUCCAGCAAUGGAGGUAUCACUACCCAUAAAAUGGCCAUCUCAGUUCAUAUGACAUAUAGUACACUGCAAAACAAAGUAAGAGACACUAUGUUUGUUUCUUCUGGUUUAUGAGGGCAUCCCAACUUCAGCUAAGGAAAAACAGGACAUUACAAAAAAUAAUUUAGGAAAUGUACACAAGGCAUAAGAAUUUUGGCACACUUGUGGCCAUCACACAACAAACUCCUGCCCCAGCAAGAACAUACAAGACAGCCACAGCCAACAAACCAACAAAACCAUAAGGCAAACACACGCAGUUCAAGAA